AUGAAUACAUAUGUUAAAAUUGUAACAGCUAAGGUGGAGGCUGUAAAACCCAUUGCAACUAAGGCUAAAACUGUUACAAAGCCUGAAACAUCUUCCAAGCAAAAGGAUAUGGAAGGUGAUUUUGAUGACUCAGAUGAUGAUGAAGAUGACUCUGAUGAUGAAGAGGAAACCCAACUCCCAAGAAGCCUAUUAAUGAUAAGAAGAGAGAAAAUGCAGCAAAGAUUCCUGUUCAAGCUAAGAAGGCGAAGGCUGAUAUCACCCCUCAAAAGAAAGAUGGGGAAAAAGGUAGCUCAUGUAGCUACUCCUCAUCUAGUAAAGCAAGCAGGAAAAGGACAACAAAGCCCAAAAUUUGAUGCCAAAAUCACUUACAAAUCCUGCACCAAGACAUUCACCUCCGACAGUGCUCUUCAAUCUCAUGCCCGAGUAAAGCAUGACGCCAAGUAGAUAUAUAUUUUGCAUGUGUUGCUGAUAUUCUUGAAAUGGAGCAAUUCUGCCCUUAUUAACAAGCAAUUCCCCCUACAAAUUUCAUAAUACAAGAGGAAAUCAGAAUUGUGCUGGCAUUUCCUUACUGAAUUGAC